UUUUUUAAAGGCCAAGUGAAGGACCAUUAGAAAUGUAUCCACAGGUCCCAUCGAUUGGCCAAGUGAUGGACUAUCAAAAGAUGUACUAAAACAUAUUAUAAACUUUCAUCCAGGGGAAGAGAAAAACAAUCUAGGUCUGUUACACGGUUUGGGUUCUCCAUUCGAUCCAGAGUUCUUGGAUGGACAAGAUGAAGUGCAUACUCAAGAACUACCUAUGAUUGACUUAGCCACAAUACAAUCAGCUACAAAUGAUUUCGCAGAAGGAAAUAAGCUUGGACAAGGUGGAUUUGGCCCUGUCUACAAGGGCUUGCUCCCUGAUGGGAAGGAAAUAGCAGUUAAGAGGCUUUCAAGGUGUUCAGGGCAAGGGUUAGAGGAGUUAAAGAAUGAAGUUACCUUGAUUGCCAGACUACAGCACAGGAAUCUAGUGAGGCUCUUAUAUUGUUGUAUGGAGAGAGGAGAAAAGCUGCUUGUCUAUGAAUACAUGCCCAACACCAGCCUUGACGUCUUUCUCUUCGAUCCAAUCAAGAAGGUAGAAUUAGACUGGGAAAGACGCCAUACUAUCGUAGGUGGAAUUGCACGGGGCCUUCUCUAUCUCCAUGAGGACUCGAGGCUCAGAAUCAUUCACAGGGAUAUGAAAGCUAGCAACGUUCUUCUGGACAAUGACAUGAACCCAAAGAUAUCUGACUUUGGAAUGGCCAGGAUUUUCGGAGGAAAUCAAAGUGAGGUCAAUACCAAUAGAGUGGUUGGAACAUAUGGAUACAUGGCACCAGAGUAUGCAAUGGGAGGGUUAUUUUCUGUUAAGUCUGAUGUGUAUAGCUUUGGAGUUCUACUGCUAGAGAUUGUAAGCGGAAAAAGAAACACCAGUCUCAAUCUCCCUGAACAUGCUCAGAGUCUCCUCACUUAUACAUGGAGAUUAUGGUGUGAUGGAAGAGCUAUGGAGAUGGUUGAUCCUUUUUUAGUGGAGAAAUGUCCGAAAAAUGAAGUGUUCAGAUGGAUCCACAUCGGACUAUUAUGUGUUCAAGAAGAUGCAGCAGAUAGGCCCACCAUGUCGACGGUUGUUGUCAUGCUGGGAAGUGAAAAUGUGAAUCUUCCACAGCCUACACAACCAGGAUUUUUCGUGGCAAGGGCUGUGGUUGGAUUAGAUAAAGCUUCAGCCGGUGCUAUAACCAGCUCUACCAAUGAGAUUACCAUCUCUAGUACUGAAGCUAGGUGAGUGAGCCAACCAAGCACUCAGCUUCACGCUCCAACGGGUGAUGGUUCAAUCAAAGCUUACAAAAAGUCUAAUGUUUGUAAAGACACAAUGUCCAUAUACAUUUUAUUUCUAACUCGGGACCUGAUGAGCUUGCAGGAUUCAGUAAUUUCGUUUCUUGAAGCCAAUGUGUUAGUUUUGAGUUUAUUUUGUGUGUUAAUGUGUAUAUGUACUUCCGUCUUCCCUUGGCACACCAUUUUAUUUGUAAUGGGAGUUUUCUUAAUAAAAGAGAUCAGGGAGUAAUUCUCUCCCUGAAAACAAUUUUCUCCAAAA